AGGUGCUGUGGGAGAUGCAGUUACUGUUUCUUGGCUGAAGGGGGCGCCAGUAGCACCCGGCAGAAGCAGGAUUCUGGGAUGUGUCAGCGCCUUCCCACGCACAAAGCUUCCUGGUUAAAUCAAGGGACAAGACACCUGGGAUUGUCCUUUGACACCGACUGGACAGAAGAAGCCAAGUCCUGCACUGUUGAACCUGCCGCCAUGGGGAACAUAUUUGGAAACCUGCUCAAGAGCCUGAUUGGCAAGAAGGAAAUGCGCAUCCUCAUGGUGGGUCUGGACGCUGCUGGGAAGACCACCAUCCUCUACAAGCUCAAGCUGGGAGAGAUCGUCACCACCAUCCCUACUAUCGGGUUCAACGUGGAGACGGUGGAGUACAAGAACAUCAGCUUCACCGUGUGGGAUGUUGGUGGCCAGGACAAGAUACGGCCCUUGUGGCGGCACUACUUCCAAAACACCCAAGGUCUGAUCUUUGUGGUGGACAGCAAUGAUCGGGAGCGGGUGAACGAGGCACGUGAGGAGCUGAUGCGGAUGCUGGCAGAGGAUGAACUGCGAGAUGCUGUUCUCCUUGUCUUUGCUAACAAACAGGACCUCCCCAACGCCAUGAACGCGGCAGAAAUCACGGACAAGCUGGGCCUGCAUUCGCUGCGCCAUCGCAACUGGUACAUCCAGGCCACUUGUGCCACCAGCGGAGACGGCCUCUACGAGGGCUUGGAUUGGCUGGCCAACCAGCUGAAGAACAAGAAAUGAGUGCAGGGGUGGUGGUGGGGCUAAACCCCCUCACUUGUUGGUUCCAUUAUGGGUUGAUUCCCCCCUUCCCCAACCCCCCUCUCCCCUUCCCCAACUUCCUUUCCCCUAUUGGGUUUGCUUUUCCUUGCCGGCACCGGUUGCUGUGGGGGUUGGGGGGGGUUGGGGUUAACUUUUGGUUUCUCUCUCUCUCUCUUUUUCUCAUAUUCUGGCUCUGCCAGGAUUUUUUGCACGGUCUCUGUGUGUGCGCGUGUGUGUGUGAUAAAUAUAUAUAUAGAGAUAAUAAAAUAUAUGGGUGUGGUGGGAGGGUUGGGGCAAGUGGGGGGUUUGGGUGCCGAUUCUGUGGCCUUUCUUUUUCUCUCUCUUUUGUUUCCCUUUCUAUUUUGUUGGUCAGUUUUGUAUUUUCUUGGUGGUCUGUGAAGCUUGGUUCUCUCUCUUUUUAUUUUUUUGACCGGAGGUGACCAAUACUCAGUGGCAGCUGCUGCUUACUUGCUUUUGUGUGCUGCGUUUUGGGUUGCAGCGAAGGGACCUAGGUGGUGAAGCCGGGGACUUAAAAAGGAUGUGUGUGUGUGUGUGUGUGUGUGUAUCUGCAAUAUGUGCAGGGGGGGGAGGGAACAGAGACCAGUUAGUGCAAGGAGGGGGCAUUCUAGGAAAUGGGUCUGCAGGUGAUCAAAGGCCCCUUUCUCCUUCUCUUCCCAGAUUGGGGCAAUGUUCUGGAGGGAGAGCAGUGCUACUACUUAAUUCUGUCCCCCACCCCCCAAUUGUAUUCUUUCUGUCCCUGUAUAUAUAUAUUUUGUUGGGCAGUGACCCCUGCUGGCAACAAUUGAGAUUGCAGCAAUACUGAACGCCCUCCUUGCUCUUCCUUCCCCGAAUCCGUCGCCCUGUUAACAGCAUCCUCAUGAGUGGCCCAGGAUGGUUAGUAUUUUUGUGGUUUUUUUAAUGCUGCUGAUGGACUUGAAUCAUUUGCACUCCAACUUCUCAGACCAAAUGGCACUGGAGCCCUUGAUAAUGCACCUCUCCUGAGCCUCAUCAAUUCCUUACUGUUUUGCUCCCUUCCCGGAAAACAGACCAGGGCUUGGUGGUGAUUGGUGCAGGCUGCCGCAGUAAAUUUGGGACCAAUGCUAUAUCGUAAAGCUGCCCCUGCAGAUGCUAACUGCACAUUUUUUCCUGGUUUGGCCUGCUCUUUCCAGCCAAGGGGAGCAUGUGCAUGUGCAAGGGUGCCCCCUGCCCCGGCCCUUGGCAGCUUCAAAAGGUUGGCUCUUUAGUAAUGUUGCUGCUUACUCCUUACUCUCCCAGUUGGACAGAACAUUCCAUCCUUCCUCCGAAACACCCCUUCUGUUGCAAGAUUCCUUUUCCAUGAUGGGGGAAGUUGGAAGAGUUGUAUUCCCCCCCCCUUUUUAAUUUUAGGGGAUAAUGAUUGUAUUAGGGUUAAACCCAGGUCACUGCAUGCAACUUUCUGGUCACCCCCUUCCUCUGGACAGUGUUGGUACUGUGUGUUCCCUUCCCCCAUCCUGGCAAAUAUGUAUUUAUUCCUCUUUUUCUCUUCUCCCUACCCAGCUUCAGCCCCCUUUGCUUGGUGUAAAGUGGUUUCCUCCUCUCUCCACCCCCUUCUGAUUUGUUCAUUCUCUGGGCCAUGGCUCCCUAUAUGUGAUUUUCUCGCCCCCUCUCUGAACAGUUGGAUGCACCACGACCUCUGUGCACUCCCAUUGGAUAUUAAACUUGUUUUAUGUA